AAGUGGCUCAUAUGAUCAAAAACAAGCACAAGUGGCUAUCUCAGGAGCCAAUAAAGGACUUUCGGCUUAUGCAACCGGAACCAUUAGGCGCGGGGGUGCGUAAAAAUCUCCCAGCAGGCAUGCCAGACGCAUAAACCGAGGAAGACGCCCAAGUGAGCAAGUUUGGAAACGUGAAGUCGACAGUAGAUUUUACACCGCGCCGCCCACAGCCGGUCACUUAGCCGGAGUCGGAUCGCCCUCCAUCGGAGUUGUUUGGAGCUCAGACAGAUAGUCCGUGCGUAAAAUCUACCAACCAGACGCAGCAGUGGUGCCAUGACAUGCAGGACACCGCGCGCCAACUCCACGGAAAAGCCUCCUCGUCCGCACGGAUGUAGAGCACCGGAACAAUCAUUUCCUUCAAAACUGACCGUAAUCUGAAGUAGAGGAUGGUGGGUUCGUCCAUCCCUCUCCAUCGGUUCAGCUGCGCCGAAGAACGAUGCUGAGAAAAUCAGCGGUGGGAUUUUCUCCGACAGCUACAACACUGACAAAGAUUCUUUGGACUCCAACCUCGAGAUUUUAAAGCAGCCCAUCAAUCAUGGAGAGCCUCAGCGAGCUUCAAAACCCCCUGCUGGACAAAACCAGCAUGCAUGCGGUUCAAAAUGACUACCAGGGCUACCAGUGUGACUACUCAAACCAGCCAUACCAGGACAGCCUGAUCGAUUAUUACUACACUGGGACCAGCGGGAAGCACAAGACUCCCCAAUUCUUGGAUGCCACCUCUCUCCAUCUGGCUGUGGAGGCUUUUUACAGGCCCAACUUCUUUCUGUUCAAGGACGACGUCAGCCUUCACAGCAAGGACUCUAAAAAUGAGAGCUUUGAGACCACUUUCACAGAGAGUAAAGAUACUGUUUCAUAUGGAGUUUCCUCAGAAAACACUGUGGACAUCAGCCUGCAGGGAGAGAAAGACCUGAAGAUCCAGACGGUGUCAUACGAGGUGGAGGAGGAGCAGUGUCCUGAAUAUGAGGUCUGGAAUCACACCAAAGACGAUCCUCUUUGCAUCCUUACAAAGAGUGACAGCUCCAGUGAUAGUGAAAGUGAGGACAACUUCAUCGUGCUUCCCCCUCGGGACUACUUGGGCCUGGCCAUCUUCUCUAUGCUCUGCUGCUUCUGGCCACUGGGCAUCAUUGCCUUUUACUACUCUCACAAGACAGGCAAGGCCAUUGCUAAGGGAGACUUCUCCAGAGCGGGGAUGAGCUCCAGAAGAGCCCUGUUCCUGGCCGCCCUGUCCAUUACGGUUGGAACAGGGAUGUACGUGGGGGUGGUUGUUGCCCUCAUAGCCUACCUGUCCAAACCUGGACAUGUAUAGCACUGGGCCCAACUGCUGGCGGGGUGAGAUUAGUAGGAGGAGGCGGCAUAAGAGGAGGGGAAAAGCUGGGCAGAUCUCUGUUGCCUCUAAUAAACCUGUGUGAUGAAGAAAAGAAAAACUGUAUAGAGAAAUAUGUCUGAACCAGAGAGAGCAGAGGAUGGAAAUACUCCAUGUGUGGAUGGAGCAUUACUUCAACCACAUAUUGAUCCAAACUGAGUCUUUAUUUCUGGUAUGCAGCAUUUCCACCAAAGGAAUAAGAACAAUAAACACUGUUUGAAAAAGAAAACUGAACUCAGAAAAAACAACCCCUCUUUAUCCUCUUAGACUU